UAUUGUCCGUGCAGCAACACACGGUGCGCGUGUGGCCGUUAUUCUCGCGCAGUAUUAUUAAAUCGGACUGAAAUAAGCGGAGCUCUUUCGAUUUCCGUGUUGAGGAAACAGCAACAGGAGCGCAGCCGUGAAAACAUGCAGGACCCAAAUGAAGACACAGAGUGGAAUGACAUUCUCAGGAAGAAGGGCAUCCUUCCUCCUAAAGAGACCCCAAAGGAGGAUGAGGAAGAGGAGCAGAUCAUUCAGCAACAGUCAGUUGUAAAAACCUAUGAGAACAUGACACUGCAGGAGCUGGAGGAGAACGAGGAUGAGUUCAGCGAGGAGGACGAAAUUGCCAUUGAGAUGUACAGGCAGCAGAGGCUUGCUGAGUGGAAAGCAAAGCAGCUGCGGAACGUAUUCGGCGAAGUGAAAGAGAUUUCAGGUCAAGACUACAUUCAGGAAGUGAACAAGGCCGGAGACGGAAUCUGGGUGGUGUUGCAUCUCUAUAAACAAGGCAUCCCCUUGUGCACGCUGAUCAAUCAGCACCUGUCCUCGUUGGCACGGAAGUUUCCAGACACUAAGUUCCUGAAGUCAAUCUCCACAACGUGCAUUGCUAAUUAUCCGGACAGAAAUCUGCCUACCAUCUUUGUUUAUCACGAAGGAGAGAUGAAGGCGCAGUUCAUCGGGCCACUUGUGUUCGGAGGAAUGAACCUUAAGUGCGAUGAGCUGGAAUGGCGUUUGGCUGAAUCUGGUGCAGUGAAAACAGACUUGGAGGAAAAUCCAAAGAAACAGAUCCAGGACCAGUUAAUUUCAUCUAUCCGCUGCUCAGCACCGACCCGCAAAGACAGCGAUGAAUCUGAUGAUGACUGAUUUGGUGUAGGGUUUUUAAAAAAAAAAUUUCAGUUCUCAAGACUUUUCUGUUUUCAGGUUUGGAUGGUUAAAGCAUCUGCAAGUCUGCAUUCCAAUACUGUUUUUAACGAACAUGUGCUGACUUCCCAUUCGUAACUCUAACGUGCAUGUCGUGUGUGUGUUGUUUGUGUGUGUGGGGCACACUUUUAGCCCACACAGAGGUGUGCGUGUAUAUGUAUCAGAGCUGAAAGACCUUGUGUAAACUUCUCUUGUCUAAAUCCUCUUCUAAAGUUCCCUCAAACUGGCACAGUGAUGGAACUGUGGCCUGGAUUCAUCCGAGGGUGCGUGUAAUCUGCACAUUAAAAACAAGACUGGAACUCAUGGCUGAUUAUUUUUGAACCUCUUCAUCAUAAUAAAGGGAUCUGCUCCCUUCAAACUGCAGUGAUGCCAAACAACACAUUUGGAUUUUUAAACAGUCAUUUUAUAAGCAAUAAACAUUAUUUAUGUCAAUUUUUUUGUGUUCCUGUUGGCCAUCAUCAUAAAAACGAAAUCUAAAUUAUA